CACCAUUUACUUUUCAUCAAAGCGGGAAAUCGAUACCCUAGUUUUAUUUUCCAUUUUUCGUUUGCACCUCUUGAUAUACAACACUUGAUUACAAAACCCGAAAAUAAAGUAAGAAAGGGAAGAAAUACACUUGUUGAAAGCCUCAAGUCCUCAACAGUCGGCACAUUUACCCCACCCACGUAUCCUUUUACCCCUAUUCUUAAAAAAACCCAAAGAGAUUCACCAAAACUGGAUCAUUUCAUCAGAAUCUUGGUUGGUUUGAGUUGAUUCGAGGCAAGAAAUUCUGGUAAAUGCGAUAGUUUGUGUGCAAGUGAAGUUUGAUCGGAAUCUGAAAUCUCUUUAGUUAAAUCGGAAAGAGGGUUUUGAAAAUUAGGGUCUAGGGUUUGUCUAAAUGGGCGAUGCAAUGGUUGUUGACGUUCCAAAGAAGUCGACGAAGAGGAAGAGGGUUGAGUUAGUGAUGAGUACAGAAGAAAGAGAAGCACGCAUUGGGGCUUUACGUGGGGAACUUGAUAGUUUGUUCAAGUAUUAUAACGAGUCUCUUAGUCGGGACGCGCUAAUCGAUGUAGACUCAGUUAAGGCGAAUGGUUCGACUAAUUCGAUGAUUGCGUCUUUACUGGAAGAGAACAGUCUUCCAUUGUCAAAAUUGGUGGAAUCGAUUUUCUCUACACUGAAAGAGAAAGAGGGUUCGAUGACACCUGCUUCUGUGAAGAGCGCUGUGCUUCUUAUCGGCCAGAGAUCUUUCUAUGGAGUACAAAACCCAAAUGCGGAUGUAUUGGAAGACGACUCUCCUUCUUCCCUUUGGUGUUGGGAGACAAGAGACAUAAAAUUACUCCCGAAGUCAUUUCGUGGUGCGAUUAAAAUUCGGCGUACUUGUCGCAAAAAGAUCCACGAAAGGAUAACUGCUGUUUCUGAUGUUAUAACUGAACUAAUGAAGCUAGAGAGCGCUUCAAAUGGUGUUCAGAAGGUUCUGAAAGCAUCUGAAAGGCUUAUUAAAGUGUUGAGUGAAGUGGAAAUACGUUCACUAGUUGAAAAAAUGGAACAGAAAAAUGGUGCUGACGUUGCUGAGAAGGAAGUAAAACGUGAAGAAAAACUAGUGGUGAAGCAAUUGGAGAAAAACAAACGUGAAGUUGAGAAAGAGAAAUUGAGAAUUGAGCGGGAACUUUUGAAGGAAAAGUUGCAAAAUGAGAAAGAAAUGAAACGUCUGCAAGAUGAGGCUGAAAAAGAAGAAAAACGGCGUGAAAUUGAAAUGAAAAAACAGUUAAAAAAACAACAAGAGGAAGCAGAAAAAGAACAAAAACGCAAAGAGAAAGAAGAAGCUGAACAAAAAAAGCAGCUUGCUUUACAAAAACAAGCAUCAAUCUUGGAAAGAUUCCUCAAAAAAAAGUAA